GCCACCACAUGUUAUUUCACCUCCCUCUAAAAUACACAUUGGGUGUUGAGCACUUGUAAUGGGGUAGUGCCAUGCCAUGAGUCCAGUUGAAAUGGGUUUGGAACCACGCUGAGCUGUUUUUCCGACCCGAGUUGGCACCAUGUUCAAGUGUACUGUGCGUUAUGUAUGCCCAUUUCCAACCAUCGCUCCAAGCAAACGACCGACCCGCUGAAUCUUCCAAUCAAAAUUUGACGCUCAUCUCUUCUCUCAAACCAAAGGCAUUUUUCCUCGUCAAGCAGGGCAGGGCAGGGCAGGGCAGGGCAAGGCAAGGCAAGGCAGAACUUCUUCAGGGAUAAUAUCCCGCGACUCAUCAACCCUGAUUUCAGGAAGAACAAUCCACAACUGGGCCCCCCUCAAGGUUGAUGAGCACAGGGACGAAUUCGUAAACAAACUUUUAACAUGUAGCAAGCACAUAAUGAUGUGGUUGUUCUGAACCCGCAGUUUUGGCAUCGUCCAUCACUCCAUUCGAGAUCGGGCGGGGAAGAGCAGCGGGUAACUAACCGACGAAGUAUCGACACACCCGUGAUGUCACUGCUGCUGUGGAAGUCGUCAUUCCAUGGAAUGAGCUGUGAUGGUGGUUGGUUGGUUGUUUUGGGUUAUGGUGAUGUUGAUAUCCAUGAUCGCGCACGACGACGGACAAAGCCGCAUGGGUGCCAAGAUAAUGUAUGUAACUAUAUUGUACUGUACGGAGUACGGUGUAGUUACAUACAUACAUUACAUACCUCAACAGGCAAUCUAGGGUUCAUGCCCUAUCAUUGCCCUUUUGCCCCUUGCCCUACGAAGCAGGAAACUUGCAUCCUUGCCCCCCAAUUCUAAGAACGAUGGAAAGCAGAGCAAAGAACAGAUAGAAUAUUCAAUGAUAAAUGGCCCUUCUCCUUCACAGGCGCAAAUGCCAACUUCAAUACAGGGCGAGCAGGGAGAUAGAUGCCCUUUUUGAACAGAAGCAAAAUGGGGUAGAACGAUUAUUCUAGAGGUCUUUACGCUGCUCGCAAAUUAAUACUUCCUUACUUUGUUUCUUGCACCGUUUCAGUUUUCUGUCUCUCAUUUCUUGCUGGCUGUCUAACUUACCACUUCUGCCAUUCUAGAAGCCCAGGCCUCGUAUAAUUUGAUAUCUACUACGCAGUACGUACACAGUGAGAUUGUUACUGACGUCACCAUUCACGCAGCACUCACAUGGGAGAGAGAAUCAACAGGAUUCAAUGGAAAUAGAAACAUUGAAAGACAUUGAAAAUCUAGGAGAUAAGAGUCCAAUAUGCUAUUUUUACGCAGUUUUCCCUCCCUUACUCCCUGCUACGUCUGGAAUUGCGCUUUCCCUUGAUUCAGGGGCCGGGCUGGGCUGGCUUGGGGCCAAUCCUCCUUCCGCUGCGGACAAAUCGCCCUGCCAAAACAAACCCUGGGUUGGCUUACGGCGUCUAUUUAACUAUUUGCCUACUUCUUGACUCGCUGAGACUGAAUCCUUUGUGGUUUUAUCUAUUGCUCUCAUCCGUCAAGUUAUGCCAUCCACUCGUUUGAAGUUAUUGAGAUAUCUGUACAUAGUUUACUUAUGGGCCUCCCUUUAAGCUUUUUGCUUGCGUUCAGAUUCAUUAUAGUUUCCUCUGCUUUUGUUGCGUGGUUCUUCGUUCGCUUCUUUCUUUCUGUCCUUCGUUACUUGUUUCUCGUUGCCACAUGCAUUAUCGAUAUCACCAACGGGAAUGCAAUAAUGCAGGGACUACGACGCCCUAUCACCUCCUUGAAUGGCUACAAAACACCGCCUCAAAACAGGGCCUUAGUUCCCCCCCCGGUGUCGAGGUAGUUUAUUCUCGCUCCAAAGAAGAAUAUGAACCCGUCCAGUACCGACCAGCUUCACCAGCCGAUUCCGCCAUCGACAUUGGCGACAGUUCACCCCCUCCUGCUAAGUCCGUGUCCGUACCACCAUCCGUCCUCGAGGCCCGCGAAGACGCAAAAGAUAUCCUUAAUAAUUGCCACACCGCUCUUCUCUCCUUGGAAUUGACGCGGAUGCGGAAAUCAAGAAUCGGCAUGAGCAGCUGGGUCGCCUUUUGGCAACGAAUAUAUUCCCCAGAACUCGCCAAAGUCAUUUGCACCACGAUUGCCAGCGCUGCGCCGAAAGUCGACAAGGUUUUCCAAUCCGUCGCUAAGGAACUUUUCAACAUCACUUACAGAGCGGCAGAGAAUAUCAAGAUGGCAACAACAGAAGCGCAAAUCAUCCAAUGCUGGCAAUUGAUGGAGCAAGAAACGAUUGCGUACCGAAACCUAAGGGACCGGUAUGUAAGAGCAAUCAUGGAGGAUUUGCGGGUUAGGAUCGAAGCUAUACCAGUUGAUAUAUCCGAUGAAUUAUUCGAUGAUCUCAAGCGAGCUAUUUUCGUCGUCGAUCCGAGCGGCAAUUACCACCCGGGGGAUCCGGAGGCAGAGGAGCGUGAUAUGCACAGUCAAAGACGACCGCAGGCGCGAGAAUAUAUUCGCGCAGAUCCGCACCUGGUCUUUCGCCCUGGGUUUAGUGGAGAUUUCCAGUCUGCACUUGAGCGGGCUGCUGCGGAGGAUCUGGGAAUGGUAGUUGAAGAACCGGACCCGUUGGAGCUAACUCCUUCUGAUGCAUCUGCGACGACGGGGGAGUGGUCAGCAAGCGUCCUCUCGGAUAUGGGCAUUGACAUAAUCACGUAAAAUUCAUUAAAGACUUACAUGGAUUUGAACGAAGCUUUGGGACUUUGGGUCGGUGUUUUGUGUCGUGGUUUAGGGAUACAUACAAGGUUUCUUUCUCUAUCUUUUUCCAGGGGUUUGAUUUGAUGGCAAGAGUCACUCCACUCGUUUAGUUUGGCUAUUUCUCUUUUCCUUUUCCUUUCCUUUUUCAUCCUGCAUCCUCUUUCCGUUUUGGGUUCAUAUGCGCAGGCGUGAUACACGGGAGUUCUUCGUUUGUUUUAAUGAACAAGGGAUCCAACAAUCUCUAAAUUGAACCAUUUCCCUUUUAUUCCGCUCUCUGCACUUAUGCUCAAAGAUUAGAAGGGAAGGAUGUGUGUAAUUUUGAAGCUGAAGAAUAAAAGGUUAAAUAUCCCCGUAGUCACUUGGUUGUGAGUUUUGGGCUCUCUAUUCUUUACAUCCAAAUAGGUACAUAUAUAUAUAUAUCUCUGUGUGUGU